AUGUUAGCGACCGUGUUGGCUUUAAUGCUUGCAUCCGCUACCCAGAGCGACGCAUGGAGUCUUGUAGAUGGGACGACAGCGAGCUGGCCCUCGUUGAGCUUCCACUUUUCGAUCAAGCGCAGCUCCAUGACAAUCCACGGACACUCCGACUUCUCCGUACUUGCAAGCCCGGUUACGUCUGCCAAUGACGAUGCCAUCGACAGCAUUCUGUAUGACACAUUCGCUACGUUCACGGAGGACUUGACACAGUACAAUUACACGGUAGAAGACGGCAGUGCGUACAUUUCUCACCGCUCUCUGGACAGCGAUACAAACGCCGUGGUGGAAUGUGAUGACUCGGAUGUGGUGCCUUCCAUAAACUCUAUCGUAAGUGCACUUAGCAAUGCCACUCCUGUUUCCAGCAUAUCGUCAAGUAGUGGUGUUAUUGACUGUCCCAGUGGAAAUACGUUCAAGGUUUCUGUCAAUGGAAUCGAUCUGGGUUUGUGUUAUUCGGGGUCUUCAGGAUUCACAAUGUAUGGUAACGAUAUGGAAAUCACAGCGGGAUAUCUGAAAAACCACGAAAGGAUCAUCAAGCCAAAACUUGUGAAAGAUCAAUGCGAGAAAGUGGCAGCGCCAGUUGCAGUGACUUCAAUUGGGAAAUCUCUGCUAACUGGAGAGCCAAUCCCCCAUGACACAAGGCAAUUGAAAGCUAUGUUGUUUAAUAUCGACUUCUCGCUUGGGGACGACAAGUGCUCGUGCAAGUCGACGCCACGCCCGUGCAUUUUUAUUCACGGAUUGGGAAUCAAGAUCGAAGAACCCGAAAAUUUGGAUGCAUUCCCCACAAAAUACUGGGGGAACUUGACAGACCAUGCACCAUGUUGUUCAUCAAUGAAAUAUGCAAUGCUGAACACGGUAAAUAACUCGUGGACGGACGACGAGCAGCAGCAAAAAGUCUGUGAUCGGGUGCUUUCGGUGAACGAGGCCAACCAAGACAGCGCGAUUAAAGACACCAUUAUUAUCACGCACUCAAUGGGCAAUCUCAUGCUGGCUGGAGCCAUAGCUACGGGUAAGUGCAGCAUUGCUUCGUCCUCAACAUGGGUGGGUUUAUCAGGCCCAUUGCGUGGAAGUAUGGCCUCCAACUAUUUCCAAGAUUCCUGUAAGAACGAAACCAACUUUAUUGUCGAAGAUCUGGUAGCAAAGACCGGCUACUGUCCUGCAGAUGACGGGAUUAUUUCUCUCGCGUAUGAAGGCGAUAGCUACAGCACUCCGGAACUGGACGCAGCAUACGUGAAAGCACAGAAGGCGUAUCGAAGCAAUGUACAUGCCUUGAUGUGCAGUAACGGGUUCUCCGGGCUGCGAUCUGAUCGCCAAUGGUGGUAUUGGACACUAGGUACCGUCGUUUCCCACCACUCUUUCAAGAACGAUGGCUUGGUAGAAUUCUACAGUUGCGCUGGAGGAUUCCCUGCGUCGGAUUUCGGGAAUUCCUACGAAGACAAAUUCUACGUGACUAAACUAAAUCACGCAGAUACAGCGUUCCGGAACGGUGACGCUCUUUUAAGUAAGGCAAAGAUGCCUCUCAAGUGGUUCGAGUGUCUGCUUUAG